GCAAGUCUCCUUUUACUGUUGAUUCUGCAUCUCUGUCCUUUUUUAAGGCCGCCUCUUACCAUUUUCUUCUCUUUUCUUUCUUUCCCAGACUGAACUGUUCUGAACUUCCUCAUCCUAGAAGGCAAUGGAGGAGAACCAGGCUGCCAAUCAACAACCUGGACAGCAACCAGCACUUCCCAUAAGCAGCUCUGAAACCCCACCUGCUGAGUAUGGCUUAGAGAAGCAAAGUGAAAAGUCACCUCCACGGCCUCUGUCCCCUGAGAAUACAGCACAUUCUCCACCUAAAAUAAAGCUCUGUGAUAUAUCUGAGGAGCUGAGCCGACAGCUGGAGGACAUUAUUAAAACCUAUGGGUCAGCUGCCAGCCUGGUAGAAGAAAGAAGUACUAAAGUAGCAGACAAAGCUGAGAAGGGAGAAUCAUUUAAUAAUGAGGAUGGAGAAUAUGAAGAUGCCACUGAUGAGGCUGAGAAAGAGCAGAUAACUUCUGGGGAUGCUUCUGGAUCAAAGGAGUCCGGUGUUCAAAAAGAACAGAAACUGGAAAAGAAAAUCUUGAAGGGACUAGGGAAAGAAGCUACGCUGCUGAUGCAACAUUUGAACAAGCUGAAUACACCAGAAGAGAAGCUGGACAUUUUAUUUAAGAAGUAUGCUGAGCUGUUGGAAGAACAUCGUACUGAACAGAAGAAACUAAAAUAUCUUCAGAAAAGGCAGGCACAGCUCAUAAAGGAGAAGGACCAGUUGCAGAGUGAACACAGUAGAGCCAUCCUUGCCCGAAGCAAACUGGAGAGUCUCUGUAGAGAACUCCAAAGACACAACAAAACCCUAAAGGAGGAGACUCUUCAGCGAGCAAGAGAGGAAGAAGAAAAAAGAAAGGAGAUCACCAAUCAUUUCCAGGGCACACUGAAUGAUAUCCAGGCACAGAUUGAGCAGCAAAGCGAAAGGAACGUGAAGUUGUGUCAGGAGAAUACUGAGCUGGCAGAGAAACUAAAAAGCAUCAUAGAUCAGUAUGAAGUCAGAGAGGAGCACCUUGAUAAAAUAUUUAAGCACAGAGAACUUCAGCAGCAGCUGGUGGAUGCGAAGCUGGAACAGUCGCAGGAAAUGAUGAAAGAAUCAGAGGAGCAGCAUCAGCGAGAGAAGGAAUACCUACUUAACCAGGCUGCAGAGUGGAAGCUACAGGCAAAAAUGCUGAAGGAACAAGAGACAGUUCUCCAAGCCCAGCUUACUCUUUAUUCUGAACGGUUUGAAGAAUUCCAGAAAACACUGACAAAAAGCAACGAGGUGUUUGCCAGCUUCAAGCAGGAGAUGGAGAAAAUGACAAAGAAGAUGAAAAAGUUAGAGAAGGACACAGCUACAUGGAAAUCCAGAUUUGAGAACUGCAAUAAAGCUUUAUUGGACAUGAUUGAAGAGAAAGCCAGGAGGGUCACAGAAACUGAGCAGUCUGUGGUGAAAAUGAAAAAGCUAGAGAAUCUUUGCAAAGCACUGCAGGAAGAAAGGGAUGUAUUGCACAAAAAAAUUGUUCUUGUUCUAUCACAGAAAGCCAUGAGAGCCAAAGAAUAUGAGUGCUUUGUGGUGAAAAUUCAAAGACUAGAGAAUCUUUGCAGAGCACUGCAGGACGAAAGGAAUGUAUUGUACAAAAAAAUAAAAGAAGCACAGUUUCCGGGGGAGAAAGAGGAAGAGGAAGAGGAAGAACAGCAGACUGGACAGGAGGACAGCCUGAUCACUGAUGCUGAUACAAGCUCCUCUAUUACUAACCAAGCUGAUGCUAAAGUGACUGUAACUAAUGAAAAUAUUCUGGAUGAUCUGGCUUCAGCUUUCAUGGUGACCCAUCACAUGGAAAUGCCCCUCAUAGCCACCAACAAAGAGAGUGAUAAAGAGUCACACGACCUGCAAACAUGUAGUCUGAUUGGUUCCCCAGAAUCCCUCUUAGCCACCAGCAAAGAGAAGGAUGAAGAGUCACAUGACCUACAAGCAUGUGGCCUGAUCUUUCCCCCAGAAACCCUUGUAGCUACCAACAAAGAGAAUGAAGAGUCACAUGAGAGUCUCUGUCCCCCAGAGCCAGCACUACCUUCUCCCUUGCAUCAAGAAUCAGGGAAUCCCUCCAUGCAGCCAGCAGUAUCCAUGCCAAAAGCAGAGGCGCAUCAAGGAGACACAUUAGGGCAACCUGUUCAAGAGCAUCCAGUGCUGCAAUUGCCUGAUGCCGACAUGGAAGGAGUCGAUUAGCAUGAUGAGACAUUUCUUUCCAAUACACCAUCCUCUCAUUCUCUCCUAAUGUUAUUUUUUUUAAGCAAAGAUGUAACUUAAAUACAUACACUGAGAUUUGCUCCUCAAGAUCAUGGGGCGCCUCUGUGUCAUCAAGCUCCAUCACUAAAAAUGGAUGUGCAAGGUGCCCUUUCCGCACAUCUGAUCAAAGCAAAGUGCUCCCCUAAAACAGAAUGGUGAGCCUUCCCCACCCCCACCCACUCUCAGCACAGUGGGAGUGUGCAGCAUGGAAAUGGCUCUUUAAGCAGGAAGUUCUUCCUACUUGAAGAUUCUGCAUACUCCAUAUUUCCAUUCUGCAUACUCUCAAAACACAGCAAUUCAGCAUAUUCUCAAAGCAAAAAUGGGUAGUAUUGUUUUGGUUUGCAAGAAUAGCACAAUGUCAUUUUAAAUACAGGAAGAAAUAUGUGUCGGAAGAGAAGGCAGCUGGCAGAACUAGAAAGUGUAAAGUAGUAAGGGGGAGGGCUUCAAAUAUAAUCAAAAGUAGGAAAAUAAAAAGGUACACAGUGUUUAGGCUGAGAUCUUCAAGCCAUUCCCUCCAAAGACAACCCCCAGACUCCAGAAACUAGCAGCUUAAGUACCGUACAGCCCCCCACCCCCCAUGGUAUUACACAGAACUUGCCAGACAGAAUUUAAAGUUAAAAAUACUUUUAAGGGAAUGGGAUGGUUACUGUUUAGGUCACUAAACUGGAACCAAAAUCAGAUGCUUAAAAGUAGUUCCGUUGAAAUCAAGGGUACCUUUCCAAAUAAUUGUGCUCAGGAUUGUGGUGUUAAGUCACUUCAAAUCAGAGGUGCACCUACGUAAUUUUGGAGCCUGGACCUAAAGUCCUUUGGAGCCCCCCAGGCCCCCCCCCCCGCACCCCACCCACCCCCACUGCAAGUUAAACAUCAUUUUUAACACUAGGUUCUUGAGGGCACAAAGCACACCACCCAGGACAGACUAAAGAUUAUUUGGGGCCCCCAGGGGGUGUGGAGGAGUACCUCUGCUUCAAAUCAUAGCCUAUUCACAAAAGCAUUAGCAUUUCAGACACAAGAGUUGCAGCUUUUGAUUCUUUGCUGGUUCCUUACAGAUGUGUGUUUGAAAAACUGUUAUCGACUUCAUUUUUUAAAAAAGCCUCCUUGCCAUGUUAGCUUUCUAUUUACAAAGAAUUUUUGAAGUUGGGUGACUUUCAAAGCAGCAAUUAUUCAUGGAGCUUUUGAAGUGGUACUGAUCUAUGUGUGCUUCUUUGGCGCAUCUGAAUCUGCUCUUAGGUCAGAUCAGAUUAUUAGCCACAUUCAGCAAGACAUGAAAAAUCAACAUGUAGAAUUAUAGAAAGUGACAAUUCACUGGUACCCCAAGAUUUAAGACUCAACAGAACAAAUAUGGUAGGAACUGGAAAGCCUCAAAAUUGCUGAAGUGUUUAUCUUUUGUUUUGUAGUGGGUGUUCUUUUGAAGAAUUAUCAUAUGUGUUGUGGCAUUUUAAAAUUGCAUACCUAUGCUCUUAUAUUCAUAUUUUGUAUUAUACAGUAAGUAAUUCCACUAAAAAGCAAACUAUGCACAUAUGUGGCUUGUUCUGAUAACGUUGCCCUAUAUAACUUUACUAUUAUUAUUGAAACAUGUAUAGCCACAAUCCGGCACACAGUUAUUUGUCCUUAUGUCCCACUCAGUCAAAUGGUCAUUAAACUUGUAACUGUAUACUGGAUGAUGGGCUGCAUAACUUCACCUAUAGAAACUUAUUUUUUUUAAAAAAAUCUUAACUAUAACUGUAGAAUUCCAGCCUGAAUUUAAUAUUAUUUUGCUUGUUGUUACCUUAAUACUAAUAUUUUAAACACUGGAUUUGUUUCUAGAUCUACUAAAAUGUUUUAUUUGCUUUCCUGGUCUCCUGUUCAUUUUCUAAAAUUAAAAAAAAAAUGUCAUGCCA